CAAGGGCACGUUCCCCUCUCACUGACAGUCGCGUUGUUUUCUCGUAUGAGAGGAGAACAUGGCGAGGUUUUUGAGGCCUAACAUCCGGACUUUUGUCACUUCUCAGCUGAGAAUGAAUUCCGACCAGCUUGGAGAGUUCGGUAAAGGUGCAGGGAAAGGUGGCGGCGGUGGAGGGUCCAUCAGAGAGGCAGGCGGAGCCAUGGGGAAGAAGCAGGCCGCUGAGGAGGAGAUGUACUUCAAGCGCAAGGAGCAGGAGCAGCUGGCUGCAUUGAAGCAGCACCACCAGGAAGAAAUCGACCACCACAAAAAGGAGAUUGAACGUAUGCAGCGGGAGAUUGACCGCCAUAAGGGAAAGAUCAGGAAACUGAAGCACGAUGACUGAGUGGAAUCUUCCUAAUAAAAAGUUACGGUGUUUCCACUGUCCCAUCCAGACACCUAUAGUAAUUAUUUUUGAUUGCUGCAUGCACUUUGUCACCGAGACGGUCAUGAAUGUGCAGGUGAUUGUUCUGUAAAUGCUUGACGGUUAUUAAAACUAUUCAUAAAAUAUUGAUUGUUUCCAUUACAUGCUGUGACACAUUGUACAACUCUUUCAACCCUUUCCCCUUUUUGUGGGUAAACUGUACAUUGCAGCCAAAUGGCCAAAGUGGAAAAAAAAACCCUAUAUAUUUAAUGCAACAAAUGAGAGCAACUUUUCUUCCUGUGUGAUGUUUGAAUAAAUCUGUACUGUAAAUUGAA